AUGGCUGACGUGCUGACCCUGGGCACUGCGGACCCGCAGAUCCUCGUGAGGUACGAGAACGAUUCGCAGGUGCUAGAGAGGCGGGCGCCGUUCCCGCCGCACUUGGCGAACCAGGUCUACGCUCGCGACCCCAUCGCGGGCGCGGCGCUGGCCGGCUACCGGCGCAGGGCGAAGAUGCAGGGCCAGCUGCUGGGGGUCGGCCAGGUCGACGCCGCGGAGCGGAUGAUCUGGGUGUUCGCAGAGGCUCGUUCGGCAAGGUUCGGCGAGGUCGUGGACACUGCGCUGAUGGACGACGACGCUCGCUGCGCGAGCUUCGACACGAAGGGCGCGGUGGUGCUGGAUGGCGAGGAGUUCUUUGUGCAGAAGAUAGCGGCUAGCGGCCUGGCGGACUUCAAGAAGGAGACGAAGACCGACCUAGGCGACGUCCGCACGCUCGGCGACCACACGGACGACGCUGGGCAGCGGGCCCUCCACUUGACGGAGGCGGUCGCCCUCGUGCGCGACACCGAGCAGAAAGGCUUCCCACUGGCCGGAAUCAGGAGCGUGAAGGAUCGAGCGGAGUGGGGGCGUCUCAGCGGCGUAGGCGAGGGGUCGACCGUCAACCACGUGCAUCGGAACUUGUGCGAGAUGAUUCGUCUCACGCAUUCCUGGGACCAGGUCGACCUGUCGAUGAUGGCGUCGGCCGAGCUCAUCGUGCGCUGGCUGAUCCAGACGGAGAUAGCGGUGGAAAGGACCCCUCGGCACCCCGACUACAGUGGCCUCGACAUAGUCAUAUCCGCGCCCGUCAACGCCGUGGGCCGCGCCUCGACCUCGAAGUUCAACUCCUGGGUCACCGACCGCCUCAAGGAGAGGGCCGCCAUCUGGAAACAAGAGCGGCUCUAUCGUGAAGAGCAAAAGCAGACGAGGAAGGGCGACGGCAAGAAGGGUGGAGAUGACGACGGAAAAGGUCCGAAGAAGAAGAAGGGGAAGGACGCCGGCGCCAGAGGUCGCGAGAUCGACGGCGCGGAGAUCCUUUCCCUUUGCCUCGAGAUGCUGCUGCCCUCGAUCGGCGAUGCAUGUGACGCUGCGCGGCCACGGCAAGUUUUUGACUCGGUUCGGGCCCUGAACCAGCUUGCCGCCGCCAGCCUGAAUUCGCGACGUGCCCAGGGGCACGAUCUUCCACCUGAGGGGCACCUCCAGCCCACCGCCGUGCAGCGCUGGAUGCUCCAGAACGUCGCCCGGCGG